CACCACGUCCGAGUUCUUUCCUUGACUACAUCGUACAACAUGUCGAGAAGGACGUCCUCAGUACCAGACAUCGACGACUACCCUUCACUUCUCUGGAUAGCCGUCCCUUCUGUUCUUCUCGUGUCGGCAUAUUUUGCGCGCAAAUGGUACCUAGCUCGUAAGCUCAAAGUUCACGGCAUUGGGAAAGGGGCACCGGGAUUCCAGACUGGUGUACGACGUGUCCGUGUAACGCCAGACAUCGCCGCACGGAUACAGAGGGGAGAAGAAGUCAGUCCCGAGGAAAUUGCGGCGUCUAUUGCGCGUGCGGAACGAGAGGCGGAGAACGGGCCGCCAUCCUCUGCGGCUCCUACGAAACCGACAUCUGCGCCGGCGGAGCCUGUGAAUGAGUGGCUACCUGAGUCCCUCUCAGCACCGAAAAAGCAAGCAAAGAGAAGACGAAAGUAACGUGCAUGUUCUGUCUACAUACCGCACAUCCUUAGCAUCUUCAUGCUAGCACAUUUACUUAUAACGUUAACGGAGCUAUCCUUAUCCUGCUUAGUCGGGGAUGAAAAGUGUGGAUGAUACUAGAUUUUUGCUUCAAGUGCUGUCUGUCCCAGAUUAUGCGACUAGGUACUAUGGCAUCGUCGCCUGUUAGUAUUCCAGAUGGGAAUUCGUGGGCAUACGGGUAUACAAGUCUCCCGUAUGAGUAACAUUAACACAGGACAAAUGAAAGUAAUCUCAGCGUCGACACGAGGCAUACAAAUCCAUUCAACGAGUUGCGACGGUAGAUAUUGCAAGAUAUUUCACUACACAUUAUUUAUGAUAUACUG